AGACAGUAGUAAAAUAUGGGCCGCAAGAAACAUCGUACAAUCCCGGCCGUAGAGGUCUACGAAAAGUCGGACGGUUUUCCGAUGCCAACCGCUCCCCCAAUGUCACCGAGUCGGAUGGACGGUGUCUAUCCAAGUCAUCACGUGCCACCGUUGCACCAGGCUUACCAUGUUCAGCCGGCGAGUGCAAACCAUGUACCCGAUCAGAUUGCCCGGUUUAACGUGAUCAAACCCGAUCGGUUGGCCAAACGGCAUAACCCACAAUUGUAUACGAAAAGAGGAUGCACAGAUGUCUUCUGCUGCUUUCUGUUCUUCGUCUUCCUUUGUGGAUGGGUCGUUGUUGCCGGCUUUGGAAUUAUGUGGGGCGAUCCACAAAGACUCAUCUAUCCGACGGAUUCGGAGUUCAGACGAUGUGGAGUCAACCUCGAAGGAUCCUACAAUUUCAGCAAGCGCCCCUAUCUCUUCUACUUCGACCUCACCAAAUGCAUCUCCUAUGCAACUGCUCUUGGUGGAUGUCAAACCACACAACUUUGCGUCAAAGAAUGUCCAUCAACCUACUUUUCUUACCUGCAACUCCGUACAGCGUCUGUAUCGGAAAUUCAGAACAAAAUGAAAAGUGUCGUGUACUGUACGGAUGAUGUUGAUAAAACAACUGUUACCACAUUCCAAGCCCUGCAAAAUCUCGUGCAGAGAGGAAAAUGUGUGUCUUACACUGUGAAAUCAGUUCCAGUUCCAGUUCUUCAACGAUGCUUCCCGGAAGCCAUCUUCAAUGCUGUGGACAAUGUGAAUAAUGUUCUAAACAGCUCCAACUCGUUAGAUUAUCUCAAGAGAACGUUUGGAGAUGAUGCUUUAAUCCCACAAGAUAUUCAAAUUACUGGACAAAGUUCAGAAGUAAUGAAAUCAGUCGUGGAAGAUCAACCAGUGACUCACAAAGUUAUCCAUGACUUGUCUCAAACAUGGUGGCAAACGUUGAUUCUAAUCUUUGCUGCAGGAAUACUGUCAUUCAUCUGGACGGUGAUUAUGCGCCUUCUCGGAUCACUCAUCAUUUGGCUCUCAAUUCUCAUUGUUCUCGUCGCUCUUGGUUUUGGAGCAGGGUUCAGUUGGCUGAAGUGGAACACACUGAAAACGACCGGAGCCAUUGAUGACUACUCAUUCCAUCCAGCCUUUGAUGCGUACUUUGAGAUGCCAACUACUUGGCUUGUAGUGGCUAUUGCAACGUCGGUCUUGUUGCUCAUCUUUCUGCUGGUUAUACUGUUUAUACGUCAAAGAAUCAGCAUUGCAUGUGCGCUGAUUUCCGAAUCGAGCAAAGCAAUUGGCAGUAUGAUGUCUACACUACUCUUCCCACUGUUUCCAUUUCUCUUGCACAUUGGAGUAUUUGCCUUGUGGGGUUCUAUUGCAAUUUGGCUCGCUUCAUCAGGACAAGAAGUUUGUCGUCUGAAAGAAACCAAUGGUCAAGUCUACAACACCUCGACAAAAUGUGAUUGUACUGCAAAGGUGACCGGAUGCACUUAUGUCGGAAUCGAGAAGGAAAGUGAGACGAUUUUCUGGCUCCAAGUCUACAACUUGUUCGCUUUCUUCUGGUUAUCGUGUUUUGUCACCGCACUAGGAGAUAUUGCUCUUGCUGGAGCCUUUGCUUCCUACUACUGGGCUCGUGAUAAACGACACGAUGUGCCAACGUUCCCGGUUAUUCGAGCACUGAAUCGAGCGAUUAGAUACAACUUGGGAUCUAUUGCCUUUGGAUCUCUAAUUAUUGCAAUUGUGAAGAUCAUCCGUGUACUUCUUGAAUACAUUGACCACAAGCUUGGCAAGUCGCAGAACAAAGCUGUCAAGUGGUUCUUGAUGUGCUUGAAGUGUUGUUUCUGGUGUCUGGAAGUGUUCUUCAAAUUCCUCACUAAAAAUGCCUAUAUUAUGAUUGCAAUUUACGGCAAGAACUUCUUCUCAUCAGCAAAAGAUUCAUUCUUACUGAUCACUAGAAACAUUGUGAGAACCGUCGUAGUUCACAAGGUCGCUGGAAUCCUUUUAUUCCUUGGAAAGUCCAUGAUCACACUUGGAAUGGGCAUUCUCAGUUUCUACUACUUUUCCGGACGAUGGGUUGUUGAAGGUGUUCCGAAAGUCGAUCUCUACUACUAUUUUGUGCCAAUUGUCAUUGUGGUCAUUGGCAGUUACUUCAUGGCCGACCUGUUCUUUGAUGUCUACGAAAUGGCUGUGGAUACAACGUUCAUUUGCUUCCUGGAAGACAGCGAACAAAACGAUGGAAGCCUUGAGCGACCGUUCUUCAUGUCCGAAAAACUACUUGAAAUUCUUGGCAACAAAAAUGACAUCCCCCUCCAUUCAAAAUGAUCUCAACCCGAAACACCCAUCCCUGUGCAUAUCAGCUUUAAAAGCCAAAUUCUCAUGUGUAAUGAUUAACUUAUACAUCCCGUGGUACAUAUUUUUGCACACGUGUACAGAUAGAAUUUUCAAUUUUCAUUUUCUUGACUCUUAGACUUUUACGGUUUUCAAAAAUACCCACAUUUUUCCUGUUAUCACUCUGUCAUCUCAUGUAAUCGUUUAUCACUCUAUUUUUUAUUCAUGAAGCACAUGAACACAUUUA